UCGCGAUGAGGAUGAAAUCGAUUCGGUGGACAACAAUCUCGAAAGGCUUUCUAAAUUUUGCGCUCGCGAUCGCAAUCGCGCAAGUAUCGUGUGAUGUUGUCAUCUGUAACUAUGAGCGGUUCAUACUGUACGACAGUAUGUACCACAAACGGACGGAAUAUUUCUGUGUGUUUAACGAUGUUUUUCUGGGGACGGAUAUGCGCUACGUGGACUUUAUGGGGAAAAGUUUGGAUUAUAAACGGAUUGCGUUCAUUAAUUCGAAGUUUACGGCGAUUCCACAAUCUUUGUACAGAAGUUUUGAUGACGUUCGCGAAUUGUACGUUCGACGGUGUUCCAUUGAGAGGUUGAAAAUUAUGCGACUGAUCGAAAAACUGUACGCCGGAGGAAAUCAAAUUACAAACAUCAUCAUCGAUGGCAAUGGUUCGAAUAAUCUAAAGGAGCUAUACUUAGAGUCGAACUACAUUGCGGAUAUUGCAAAUAUCACUAAUUUGCCGAAUUUACAAGUGCUAGUGCUAGAGAACAAUCCUCGAAUGGGAAACGUUGAUUUUGCCAUGUUUUCUCGAAUGGUGAAGCUUUGGAAGUUGGAUCUUGAGAACAUCGGCAUGACGAAAAUCAUCAACAGCCUCAAGCUAACAUUGGAUGAAUUGAAACGCCUUGAUCUGUCCAAUAAUCAGCUGACUUACAUCGAUAUGCAACAAUUUCGGACAUUCCCUAAACUGGAACAUUUGUGGCUCCACGGGAAUAGACUAUUUGCCAUGCAGUAUAACUCGAUUCGUACGGUCGUACCGGUAAUCAAAAGUAUCGUCAUCGAUGACAACUAUUGGGGCUGUAAUCAUCUGGCGAAUGUUAGCAAAUAUUUCCUGGACAACGGUAUCAUUAUCCGUCACAAAGAGUGCAAAAGUCGGGCUGUGCAUAAAGUUUGUUGUGCCGAUAGGUUCGAUCUAGUCGAUUUCCGGUACAUUAUUGAGAUGAUCAUAAAAAGCGACACACGGUUCGAAUCGGAGAUCAAGUGUUUGGAGCAAGAAAAUCAGGAGCUGCGGGAGGCUAUGGACAAAAUGCAGACGAAGCUCAACAGCUUGAUAUCGAACUAUACAACCACGUUACAAGAAAUAUCUAAGGUCGAAAUGCCUGAACCAUCAACGCUGGAACCCGAGUCUACGGAGGAAUAUUCUGAAGAGAGUGUAGAGGUUACGGAUUCCCAGGAAAUAGACAAAACAACAGAGGAGCUUGGUGAGGAAACCAACUAUGAAGCAUCCAACUUUAGAACAUCCAACUAUGUUGAACCCAGCUAUGAAUUGCCCAGUCGUGUGUCACCCAGUUAUGGAGAAGCCAGCUAUGGAUAAACUGUUACUAAGUGAUUGGAUGUGUGAAUAAAGUGUCUUUAGUAAAAAAAAAAUAGAACGGAGAAGUCAAUUGGCAUUUGAAACAUGAAAUGGAGUGAGUGCAACCAAACAAAAUACAUAUAAAAUACUAGUGAGUGAGCUACUGUAAUACUACAGAUGAAUGGAAACAGUGGAGAAGAGGAAUAUUAUAUGGACAAAACGGAUUCAAGGUUCACACACUGUUUGUAUACAAUGAUCGUUACAACGCGCAUACUCAUAUUCGCCAUAAUAAUCAAACGAGUCACGGAAUACGUUGUUCUAGAAGCCAUCGAUUCGUUACGCAUCUGCUAUUAAUUUCAUUGCAUAGCAAAGAAAAGCAGGAACUAAUCAGUAUUUCACCGAGCCCAUCAAAGAAAGAGCGACGGUUAAAAAUCAUUUACCAAGGAUAAAACUCACGGAUUAAAACCUAAUCACUAAGAUGAGGACGGCUUUGAAGAAACAAAUUUUAUUUUUUUAGAUUUGAAAGAU